GAUUAUAUUUUUUUAUUAAAGGUUGCAGUAGAUGGAAAUCCUGCUUCACUACAAGAGAAAACGAUCAGGAGCAACUCAAAACUACCAUUGUACCUCCUUGCAUCUUGCGUUGACUUUUUGCUCAUUUGGCCUGGGUCAGAUUUUGCUCAUUUGGCCUAGGUCAGGCGCUCCCAAAGCUGAUCUCUUUGCACCAAAAUUUAUGUACAAAAAAAUGUUUUAGCGUCAUGCUGUGAGGAGCCACUCCAGAGUGCCUCUGAGGGUUCAGCGGAAGGUUUUGAUGGCUUAGAGCGCACUCAGACCCCUGCUGCUGUGUUUGAGACAGCACACCUGAGGUUAGAGGAAGCCCCGAUAUAUAAACCCCACGCAAUGCUAUUCCUCAAUCCACACAGACAGAACAAAGACGCUUCCUGCCUCUGCCACCUGAAAAGAAUGGAAGGGAAACGUGCCCUCCUGUGGCUACUACUGAUUGCUGCAGCGGCCUUUCAAUUGUCCGCCCAGCACUGGUCUCACGGCCUGAGUCCAGGUGGCAAGAGGGAAGCUCACACUCUGUCAGAAGUGAUGGAAGGUCUACCAAAGAGGAGUGCAUCGCUUUGUGGGAGUGAAUACAGGGACGGUUCCCCAUAUAAAAGGCCAGAUAGACUUGAACAACUGCUUAAUCUGAUGGAGGGAGAAAAUGUAGCUUAUGACUGAACAACAAAAAAUGAACAGAUUCAAUAAAACACUGCAGUGUC